AUGACUGGCCCUCAAGGCCAGCUCGGCUUUGAGGCCUUCGAGCUGUCUCGAGUCCCCGGCUCAACCGUGCAAUACACAUCGAGAUAUCCCGCAUGGCGGCCCGGUGCUGAUCUCCCCGAUGGUGUGGAAGAACAGCCAACAAAGACCAAGACGAAAAAAUCCACCACAACCGGCGUCUUUGGAUGUCGUUUGGAGGACAAGCAGUCGCAGGCUGCCAAGAAAGGCUACAUGGGAAUACAUUCUAUUCAGGGCGUCUUUACUGUCGCCGGCCACUCUGACCGUCCCUUUGUGCACGAGGUGACGCCGAUACACACGGGCAAGUCCUUUGCGACGCGGCUCGUCCAGACAAGACAGCCAAAGGAGCCGUCUAUCCCAGACCCGGCCACGGGCACCUUUGACCCCUCGGACGGCACCAAGGCGCUCAACGGGGUCUGCUUCACCUGCCUCACCACGUUCAAGCGGUCCAUGGCCUCGCCCGACGACGUGCAGGAGACGGAGCCGCCGCAGGUGCGGUUUGCCUCGAUCCUCGCGCAGCGGCGGCCCGACGCGUGGGACCGGCCGCGCAUCGUGCACAUCGACUCGGUGCAGGACCAGGUGGAGCGCAGCGGCCAGGCCGGGCGGCCCGGCACCUUUCCCGUGCUCGAGAUGUACCGCGUCGACAUGGCGGCGUACAACGCGGACAGGCCGGUGCCGGAGCGCCGCGAGCUGCUGCUGUACCGCCCGUGCGCGCCGAUCCCCAGGGACGACCCCAACGGACACGUCGUCUGCCACGCGUUCGAGGCCGACAGGAACGGGCUCACGAUGCUGGGCGGCCACCUCGGCUACGGCCGCCGGUGGGGGCGCGCCGCGAGCCUGAGCUACGCGUUUUACGUGCAUGUUAAUGCGGAGGAGGCCGUCAUGGACGGCGCCGGCUGGUGGGUGCAGGAGGCGGCGUGGCCGCGGGUCGCGGCUGGUCGCUGCACAAUGGUUUCCAAGAUUUGGAGCCCCGAGGGGAGACAUGUUGCGUCUGGGUACCAGGAUGGCAUGGUUGUGCCCGAGGAUCCGAGCAAGUUGUAG